UAACUUCCUCACUUAUCGUCGAGUCUGGCUGAAAUCAAGUGGUAUUCAAGACAGUGUGAGAAGACGAAAGCGAUGAAGCUUUGUGCGCUCAUCUUUCUGGUUUAUCUCGCAAUUGGUGCUGUUGCUGGCAAGAAAAACAAACUUUGCAGCCAAAUGUUGAGCAAGUUAUCAGAUCUUGAGGACCUGAUUAACAAGAAACAGGACUGCUGUGUACCAGAGCCCGUCGCGCCCCCAAGUUCCUGCAAAGAAAUAUACGACAAAGACCGUGACAGCCCAAACAAAGCGUAUGACCUCAAGCUAGGCGAUGAAGAUGUGUCUGUGUACUGUUCCAUGAGUGGGGAGCUUGGAGACUGCGGUGGUGGGGGAUGGACGCUGGUCAUGAAGACUGACGGUGCAAAGGACACCUUCAGUUAUGAUUCAAAAGCGUGGUCUUCCAUGUCUCCAGUCUCUCCCGAAAAUGGAGACACCGGGUUGGAUCACAUGGAGACCCUGUUACCAACCUACUGGAGUACGUCCUUUUCCAAGAUCUGUCUCGGCAUGAAGGUCGGUGGAGUAACCAGGUUCUUGCGAUUACAUCGGGAAGCAGCCUCAUUGUAUUUCCUUAUUGCUGACGGUCAAUACCGACGUACCUCGCUAGGUCGUAAUGCAUGGAAGAAGCUGAUUGGUCCCAAUGCCUCCCUCCAGCGCAACUGUAAUCGAGAAGGGUUCAAUUCGCGGGGGAGUGGUGGUAUUAAGACUCGAAUUGGAAUUAUCAGUAAUCAAGAAGGAGAUUGUAGAACCCCCGAUUCCUUCAUCGGAUUUGGUGGGGCAGAACUGUCGUUCAAAAACGUGUGUGGAAACAGAGCUGCGUAUUCACCGGACAACGGAAACAAAAAUACCAAGGCAUUCGGAUACAUUUUCGUUCAGUAAAGACGCUGAACUGCUCUGCUCAAGGAAAAAGUUGCAUGCGACAUGGAGCAAUGAUCAUGCUUUUAUUUCAGUAAUGGGGAUUUAAGACGUCGGGUUUCACUUUUGCUGUUAAAUAAAGUAACAAUAAAAGUGGGUUAAUGAACCAAAA